UUUUACGACAGGCCGGGGUUGCUUUGUGGCUGUUAACUUUCUCCGUGGUCUGAGCUACAGUCUCGUGGUGGCAUCUGCUACGACGGCGCAGAAAUGAGGCAGAAGCGGAAAGGAGAUCUCAGCCCUGCUGAGCUGAUGAUGCUGACUAUAGGAGAUGUUAUUAAACAACUGAUCGAAGCCCAUGAACAAGGGAAAGACAUCGAUCUUAAUAAAGUGAAAACCAAAACAGCUGCCAAAUACGGCCUUUCAGCUCAGCCCCGCCUGGUGGACAUCAUCGCUGCAGUCCCUCCUCAGUAUCGGAAGGUCUUGAUCCCCAAGUUAAAGGCAAAACCCAUCAGGACUGCCAGUGGGAUCGCAGUUGUGGCUGUGAUGUGCAAACCCCACAGAUGUCCACACAUCAGUUUUACAGGAAAUAUAUGUGUAUACUGUCCUGGUGGACCUGAUUCAGAUUUUGAGUAUUCAACACAAUCUUACACUGGAUAUGAGCCAACCUCCAUGAGAGCUAUCCGUGCUAGAUAUGACCCUUAUCUACAGACAAGACACCGGAUAGAACAGUUAAAACAACUUGGUCACAGUGUGGAUAAAGUGGAGUUUAUUGUGAUGGGAGGAACAUUUAUGGCCCUUCCAGAAGAAUACAGAGAUUAUUUUAUUCGAAAUUUACAUGAUGCCUUAUCAGGACAUACCUCCAACAAUAUUUACGAGGCUGUCAAGUAUUCUGAGAGAAGCCUCACAAAGUGUAUUGGAAUUACUAUUGAGACCAGACCGGAUUAUUGCAUGAAGCGGCACCUGAGUGACAUGUUGACCUAUGGCUGCACAAGGCUGGAGAUUGGGGUGCAGAGCGUCUAUGAAGAUGUGGCCAGAGAUACCAACAGAGGCCACACCGUGAAGGCAGUUUGUGAGUCGUUCCACCUGGCCAAAGAUUCCGGUUUCAAAGUUGUGGCUCAUAUGAUGCCUGAUCUGCCAAACGUGGGACUAGAACGAGACAUUGAGCAGUUUACAGUAAGUUUUUUUGAGAACCCUGCUUUUCGUCCUGACGGUUUGAAGCUUUACCCUACCCUGGUCAUUCGUGGAACUGGGCUGUAUGAGCUUUGGAAAUCAGGAAGAUACAAGAGUUAUUCUCCUAGUGACCUGAUUGAACUGGUGGCUCGGAUCCUAGCCCUUGUGCCUCCAUGGACUCGAGUGUACCGAGUGCAGAGAGACAUCCCGAUGCCCUUGGUCAGCUCCGGAGUAGAGCAUGGCAACCUGAGGGAGCUGGCAUUUGCCAGAAUGAAGGACCUUGGAAUACAGUGUCGAGAUGUAAGAACCAGAGAGGUUGGAAUCCAAGAAAUUCAUCACAAAGUACGGCCCUACCAGGUUGAAUUGGUAAGGAGAGAUUAUGUUGCAAAUGGUGGCUGGGAAACAUUCUUGUCAUAUGAAGAUCCUGAUCAAGACAUUCUGAUUGGCCUCCUGCGACUACGAAAGUGCUCAGAGGAAACUUUCCGUUUUGAGUUGGGUGGAGGUGUGUCCAUAGUCCGGGAACUGCAUGUAUAUGGAAGCGUAGUCCCUGUGAGCAGCCGGGAUCCUACUAAAUUUCAGCAUCAGGGAUUUGGCAUGCUGCUGAUGGAGGAGGCAGAAAGAAUAGCUCGAGAAGAACACGGAUCUGGGAAAAUAGCUGUUAUUUCAGGGGUUGGCACCAGGAACUACUAUAGAAAGAUCGGCUACAGAUUACAAGGCCCAUAUAUGGUCAAAAUGCUUAAGUAAUGGCUGCACCCGUCCACCCUGAUGCAGCCUGCUUCCUGGCAGAAGACGAGAAGCAGGAGUUCUUGGCAACUCAGCAGAGAGGCUGGCAAAGCCGAUGGACCAAUGAACCUACACUGUCCCCUGGCAAGGAGCCUCACCCUCCUGCAGCUGCAGACUGGAAACUGCUUUCACAGCCGGGGCGAUGUCUGCUGACCCAGCCCUGCAGCAGUCAUCUCUGUACCCAGGAAGCCACUUCAUUCAUCCAGUUUCUACAUUCUGCAUGAGGGCUGCAAGUGACCUAUGUAGACUCAGACACAGUGAAAAGCAGAUCAGCUCACUUGAACAGCGUAACUUGUGAAAUAAGCCCCAUGACUGGCCUGUGAGGAAGUUAUUUAUAUACUCCAGGGACAAAAGUCAGGUUAGACACAUGAAAACUGUCAGACUUGGGUCUCUGGCCCACAGCCACACGUGCAUUUGCCCACAAGUUAAAAUGAGCUUUCCUUUUCCCGGAAAUCAUUCUGGCUACUGUGCUGAUGUUUGGAAAUGAGACUGUAGCUUGCGAUGAUAGUCAAGCAGCUGUCCCCCCCAGGAGGCUGCCCCUGAGCCAGGCGUCACAGAGCCUCCUGUGCACAGUCCUGAUUGUCUGUGUGCUCCCACACUCGAUGACUGCAGGACAGUGGGGGCAGCCCCCAGUGUGGUUCCGGAAAGCACUGGCCUGUCCAGCAGUCCACCCUGCAUGGUCUGAGGCUGUGGCUGUGAACUAGGACCUGCCUGCAUCCGUAGAAGCCGUUGCCCACUGUUAGUUCUCUAAGGUGGAUGGUGGCUUGUGUUCAGUGGAGAAAGCAAAAAAACUAAAAAAACAGGCCCUUACCUAAAAAUGGGGGAAAGAUUGGGUUUUUUCAAAGGUUCAUCUUGUAAAGCUGCCUCUAAACUUCCAGGCAAUCUGCAAAGGAGACGGCUCAGCGGGUCAGCUCCUAAUUGAGAGCGUGGCUCCCGCGGGCCCUGUGGCUCCUGUGCCACUUGCAGAGGUUUGUUUAAUGGACUUGAUUCCUCUAAAAAGGUCUGAAAAUAAAGUCUUUAACAUACAGAGAAGCCCUGUGGGAGAUUUUCCUCCCCCUUUAAAUGCAGUGACAUUUGUCAUGAAUUUACAGGUUUCAGUUUCCAGCCCACAACACUGGGUUUCCUCCUGGGUGCUGUUUGCCAUUUCAUUAAGCUGCCAGAAGGCGAGCGACGGUGGCUUUCCUACGGGCGCUCUGCGGCCCUGCGGCUUUCCAGGAGUGUGGUUUGGGGAAUUUAGCUACUUCUCAAUUAUAGGGUUUUUCUGUAUAAAAAUAAAACUAUUAAAACUAAUAAAGUGUAGCCCACACUGUCAUGCACAUUUCAGGAGCCUCGGCUGUGCUGGACCCGCAGGCAGGGCCUGAAAAACAAGCCGGUGGGCCUCCACCUCCUCACUCCUGUUUUCCCAGAUGGAUCAAAACAUGCAGUGUACCGAAAGCCCUUUUGAAACUGUCAAAAAGCAGUGAUCAUUUUAAAAUACGACUACUUAGAACAAGAUUUUAAAACCAGAUUGCUGAGGAGCCCGCUCCCUUGUGAUGGCCCCGGCCCUGGCUAACCCUGUUUUCCCCUCCGGGUUCAGAAGGCCACUUCCUGGCUCGCCUCAGCGCUCCUUGGCAGGAGUCUCCAUGGCUGUGCGCAGUGGCAGCAGUUGGGAAGCUCUCAGCCACCAGAAGCUCCAGCUUGUCAUGACUGGGUGGCACUUGGUGCUGCUGCCACCUCUCCAGUCUGGCCCUUCUGAGACCUGUGCUGUUCAGCCUCAGGCAGCCCGUGAGAAAGAUCCAGUGGGCAUGAUCCUUGGCACAAACCAGCAAAGCCAAGGCGCGUUUCUGAUGUGCAGUGAUGACGUCCCUGCAGCCACUCACAGCCACCCACAGCCACCCACAGCCACCCACAGCCACCCACAGCCCAGACAGGAAGUUCUGCUUUCAGUGCAAGUGAAGACUUACAGAAAAAGCAAAAAAAAAAUCAAACCGUAUCAAAACCAGGCAGAUAUGUUUAGAUAAAAAAUGAGAUUGUAGAAACUAUUACUACCAAGCAAAAAGCCUGGUAAAGCUUAUUGCUUCUCAGAUUUAGGAACAAAUGGACUUAUUUUCCAUCUCUGUUGAUCUGAAAGAGUACUGAAAAAAUGCAAUUAAA